AUGGAGAGCGACUCUGAAACACACAGUGGUAAAGAUACUACUCCAGAUGACUGGAUGGAUUUGGCUGAUGACAGUCAUGCUGACAGUCCCGCUGCUACACAGAAACCCUCAGAAAAAGAGGAUUUUAAACUGUCCCUGAUCACCUGGAAUGUGGACGGGCGUGAUUUGGAAAAACGUCCAGAGCGUUCCAUAGGCCUGGUUAAAUAUUUAAACUUACACAACCCUGAUGUGGUGUUCCUGCAGGAGCUCGUUCCCCCUUAUGUCCAGUUCUUGAAGGAACAGCUCGUAAACUACCUGAUGAUUGAAGGUGGUCGGAACGGUUGCUUCACAGGGAUGUUGCUGAAAAAGUCACGAGUCAAACUUGUGGAGACCGAGAUAGUACCUUAUCCCACCACUAAGAUGAUGAGGAACCUGCUGAUCACUCAGGUGAUCGUCAACAGUCAGAAGCUCUGCCUGAUGACAUCCCACUUUGAGAGCUGUAAGGAAAAUUCUGCAGAGCGUCUGAAACAGCUGCAUGUGGUGAAGCGGAGGUUGAAACAUGCACCUGAUGAUGUCACCGUUGUAUUUGGGGGAGACACAAACCUGAGGGAUGCGGAGGUGACCAAGGUGGGCCUGCCUGCAACUGUCUGUGAUGUGUGGGAGCGACUGGGCAAGCAGGAGCACUGCCGCUACACGUGGGACACCUCUGCCAACAACAACAAAACUUUUCCCUUUGUUGCUCAGUGCCGCUUUGACAGAAUCUACCUCCGCCCGGCCAUCAGACGUGGAGCCCCUCGUCUGGCCCCUGAUCACAUGGCCUUGGUGGGACUGGAGAAGUUGGACUGUGGCCGCUACACUAGUGAUCACUGGGGAAUCUACUGUACCUUCUCAGCUGAAUAGAACUACACAAAACAACCAAAACCAUGACAGU